ACUCGCAAUCGUGUGGCGCCAUACAGUCAUUGUGGUUUUGUUUUGAAUACUCGUUUGUACUAAAGAAUCGCAGUGAUUAGGAAAACAGUAGUUUCGUGCCAUGCUGUCGCAAAUACUAUCAACGUGCGUCCUAAUCGAUUCAGCAGCGCAUGCCGAUGACGCGCCAUUUCUCACCCCACCCAGAUGAUUCCGAUUCGCCGGUCACGUUGGUGAGAGCUUGCAACAGGUUCAGUGUGAGAUACUUCAAGAACUGCUUCAAUCCAACCGAAAACGUCCUCUGUUCUCCAGUUGUGGUUCGACUCGGCCUAGCCAUGUUUUACCAGGUAUCCGGAACGCCUAUCGAAGAGGAUCUCCGCACCGUACUGCACCUACCCAGUGAUAAAUCAACCUCAAACACCCAACAGGUCCAACUACACGAUGACCUAACCAGCUCCGGAGCCCUCAAAAUUCACACCAUGAUCUGCACGUCCGAGACUCGACCCUUGGACGCUUGCUUCCAGGAUCUUCUCGCAAACCACGCACCUGCGGUGGUCCUCGAGCCGGUUGACUUUACCGACGAUGUUUCGACGGCUCGGGCCGUCAACGGGUGGAUCCAGUCGGAGCGCUGUGAAAUCGAUGAUCUUGUCACGGAAGGGGACGUUUGGUCGCUGGAGACGCUUUCCGUUAUGAUGUUCAACGCGGUUUCGUUGAUGACCAAGUGGAGGUUGGGAUUUGAUCCGCGUUUGACUGAGCAGAAGGAGUUUAAGUUUUUGAACAAGGUGCAAAAAGUUUCGAUGAUGCACGGAAUAUUUAAAGCUAGAUAUUGUUACGAUCUUCAGAUGAGGUGCAAGGUCGUGGAGCUGCCGUUUGAGCAUAGUUCAAAUUAUAACCUGCUGAUCAUCCUACCAGAUGAUGGUCAAUGCCUUGCCGAUGUGGUAGAUGCAAUCCCUGAAGAAUACCUGAACACUAUGAUUGAUUGUCUGACGGAGCAUUGGGUGGACGUCCAGAUUCCCAGGAUCACUGUGGCCAUGAAGACAUCGGUGGAAGAUGUGCUGAGCAAGCAAGACUGCACCGGAAUAUUUGAGCUGAAGGAUUUGAAGGUGUUUGCCGACGGAAAGGAUCAACUCGAUCGAUUCUACCAGCAUUGCUGGUUUCGCAUGGACGAAAAUGGAGCCCAAUUGAACGCACCGCUUCCGGAAUCACCACAAGUCACGUUCACAGCGGAUCGUCCAUUUUUGUACGUAGUUCGGAGGGCUAACGACAGUGCGGUAGUUAUGAUUGGCGAUUACUCUAUCUACGUGGAUCCUGAUGAGCAGUAUUAAUGAUUUAUCUAUAAUUUUAAUUUCUUAAAUAAAGCAACAGUUGGACAAAGCUA